GCGGGGUCCCGCGGAGCCCGGUCGGCCUCGGUACGCUCCGUCCUGCCGGUGCCGCCGCGCUGCGUCCUGCCCGCGCUGCCGCUCCCGGUGCGCUCCGUCCUGCCGGCACCGGGACGCAGGCUCCCUGCCCCUCUCCAGCCCGGAUGGACUGCCAAGAGAGCGAGUACCUGGAUGAGCAUAGGAAAUGCAUCCCCUGCAGAAAAUGCAUGCCCGGGCAGGAGCUUUCCAAGGACUGUGCCGACAGCGGCGGGGGGGAUGUGCAGUGUGUUGCCUGCCCUCCCAGGAAGUUUAAGGACAGCUGGGGGCAUCACGGCUGCAAGCCAUGCCUGUCCUGCGCCCUCAUCAACCGCAUCCAGAAAUCCAACUGCACAUCAACGACCAACGCGGUCUGUGGGGAGUGCCUGCCGGGGUUUUACCGCAAGGCACGGAUCAGUGGGCAGCUGGACUGGGAGUGCAUCCCUUGCACCAAGCAGACACCCUCCUCCGAGCCCCAGUGUCGGUCCAGAACAAACCUGGUGAAGGUAGCUGUCCCCACCGUACCGCCGCAGGACACAGCCCUUCUUGCACUGACCAGCAGUGCCCUGGUCAUCAUCGUACUGGUGCUUCUGGCACUCUCCAUCAUCUACUGCAAACGGUUUUGGAAGAGCCAGUGCCAGCGAGUCUUCCUCAGGACUCAGAACUUCUCAGGCCAGCGAGCAAUGUUCCCGACCAUGGCACAACCCAGCAGAUUCCUGUGUGAGGAGCAGAUGUCUGGUCCCUGCUGCCUGGGUGUGAAGAACCUGAGCCCCUGCUACAGGCAGGCAGAAGGCCCCGUGGAAGCAGUGCAGUUCAUCUCAGAUGGGGAAGCCGUGGGGCUCCAGCUCCCCUCUCUCCAGCUGGAGAUGGACUUGCCGUUGGGUGUCACGGUCAGCGCUGCCUCCAAAGCCCAGCUGGGCAGGGGCCUCCUGGAAAGCCAGCCCCUCAUUCGGGCCUCAGGCUGUGGCGACUGCCUGGCUGGGGUUCUGCUGCCCUCCGACCCCAGGCAGGGCCAGCUGGGCAUGGCGGAGGCCCUGGCCCCCCUCUCCUCCUGUGCCUCUGAGAUGCAGCACAAGUGGCCACACGCCCCAGUGGAGUGCACCGAGCUGGACCUCCAGAAGUUCUCCAGCCAGGCAGAGUUUGCAGGCAGCGAGCGGCCGGAGGAGGCAGCAAGCCAGGCAGCACAGAGGGUCCCGGCAGAGAGCAGUGGCGUGGGGCAGCAGGGGGCCCGGUGCCCACCCUCCACCUUUGCAAAUCCCACCGCUGAAAGCGGGGAGCAGCCGGUGGAUGAUGCCCAGAGCCUCGUGACCCAGAUCAGCAGCACAGCAAAGGGUCUCCUGGUAGCAGAGCUGCCCCAUUCUUUGGUGCAGUCACUUGCCUUCUUGUUGGACCCUUCCUUGAACAGCGUGAAGAACUUCAGCCACGUGGCGCUGGAGCUAGGGGUCGCACCCCAGUUGCUGGGGCGGAUACCUGGAUUUGAGCAGCUCGUCGCUCACUUUGCUUACUCGGGAGAUGCAGUCACCAUCCCACUCCUGGCCCAAGCUCUGCAGCGGCUCCAGCGGUUCGACGCCCUGCUCCUGCUCUGUGACCACUUCGUGCUCAGCCAGGCUCAGGGCCACCAGUGCUAGAGAGGACAGAGAAGGGACGAGGAAGCUCCAGGCACUGUGUGUACUGGUAUGGGAGAGGAUUUGGUAGCCCUGCGGACACAUCAUCUCUGGUGUGCACGUGGGGAGUACGUGGAGAUGGUCUUUGCAUUGGGGAACAGAAGGAUGCGACGGGGAGCACCCCUCCUCGGGGUUGUGCUGGGAAGCUGCAGCCGUGCCUUCUCCCAGGCUCUGUGUGAGAGGGUUUGCUUGGGCCUCUCUGGAGCCCAUUUUUCUCCAGCUGUUGACACCCUUGUCCAGCAGCAGAGUGCUGCCCGUUGCUGUGCCCUGGUGCUCUCACUCUGCAGCAAGCCCCAUGCUGCUCCGCUGUUGGUGUGGGGUCCCUUGGCCAUGGGGCUAAGGUCUUUGCAGGCAGCCAUGCUCCUAUGGGCACAGCCAUUGCCUCUCCCAUUCCAGCUUUCCUGUCCUUCAUCUGGCCCAUGCUCUGCUUUCCCAGGUGCUGGUCGCCACUUUCCCUGUUUACUUUUUCACUUGCUCCUCUCCUGUGUGCUGGAGACUGCCCUCACAGGGGACCUGGCUGUGGCUGCUGUGCAGGGCUCCAGCCUUUGGUCUCCCCGUGCCGCCCUGGCACCUUCCCCUUGGUGAAGCGGUGCAGAUUCUGUGAUUCUAAGUCUCUUACUGAUCUCUGGGUUGGGCUGACAUUUGUCCUUGUUACAGUGCUGUGGCUGCUAGCCUGGGGAGGGUGCUGGCCCACUCCCCUGGCUCCUGCCGUGCACCCCAGCCCCACAGACCUCUGCUGAGCACCGAGGCUUGGCAAACACCCCUGUGGUGGCAUGGGUGGCUGGGGCAGGGCUGCUUCGGGGCCGGGUCCCGGGCAGAGCCAGUGCUGUGCCCGUGCUGGGCAGCAGCUGAAGCCAUGACCGUGGCUGCACCACACUCAGUGGUGAUGUCCCCAUGCCAGUCAUCACAGAGCUGGCUUGUUUUGAAAUAUUUUUUCCUCUUUUUGUUUGGUUUUUUUUUUUUCUUUUUCCCUGCCUAAAAAUGGCCUGAUUUUCUCAUUUCUGGGAGUAGCUUCCAGGGAGGGGAGCACCCUUCUGCUUUUAACUUCUUCCUGGAGGACCUGUCAGGGCUUGAAGCAGUCCCGCCUGCGUCGGGCACCCCUGAUUUCGGGUGCUGUGUCCCGGGGCUGGUGGCUGCAGGCAUAGCCAGGCUGUUCUGAAUCUGCCUCCAGCCCCUGAGACGCUCCACAGGAUUUUGCUGGCGGCCCGACAGACGGGGCUGGGGGAUGCAGUGGGAUCCCGCCUGGCGUGUGCGCGGGGGUGAGGCGGGGGCGGCCAGGCACGCGGGAGCUGCCCGGGGCGGGGGCAGCGCGUUGCUGCCAGCCCGGCCGCGGAUGCCGAUCCCGUUGAGCUCAUGGGUUGCGGCGGGCGCCCUUGGCCCGAAGCUCCCUGCGACCCGCGGAUCUACGCUGGGCACCUUUAGGUGGCGGAUGCCAAGCGCCGCCCUGGGUUGUCCUGGGGCCCCGGGUGGCAUCGCCGGGGCCGAGCCAGCGGUGCUCGCUCCGCGCUUUGUUCCUCAGCGCCACGGCUGGCGCCGGCCUUCUGCCAUCCCCCGUUCCGGGUCCCGGCCGAGCAGAGUUUGCCAGCAAGCGGCACUGUUACCCUUGCCGCCCGCCCGGGCACCCGCCAGCCUUCCCGCCGAGCUCUCAAGUUUUGCCUUUUAUCUGACCACGGUGCUUGGAAAAAAGCAGGCGACCUUCUGGGAAGGCAGCCCUUCCCUCAGAGCUGGCCCGACGCGGGUAUUAAUAGCUGCUGGUUGGUUUUUUUUUUCUUUUCCCCGUUCAAUGCUGUUAAGACUUGAACACACUCAGGAUGCGGUUAGAUAAGGAGAGGCAUGGCCAGUUUCAGCUGGAUAUGACACUUUCUCUCCCCUGCUGUUUGUUGCUUCCAAGGUCAAGGUCAUUUUAUUGCUCUCUGCUCUGCAAGACCCAAAAGUAUUAGACCUUGUACCUGUUUUAGGCUAGGGUUAGCCAGGCUCUUGUUACAUGCUUGGUCUGUUACGGAGCAGUCAGGAAAAGUAUUGCUAAAGCAAACACAGCCUGGGGUCAGGGUAUUUUCAUUUGAGGUUUAUCUGCAGCAGGGAGAGAGUGUUUGGAUUAAUCAUGUAACAAAAUCAAAUAAAUAUUUAAUCCCUCUGUGGACACGCUUAGUCACUUCCAGCGGGAAUUAAGAUAAAUUUACCUACAGCUGCCUGAGUAAGCAUUCCUGUAGCUCAACUCACCAGCUCUGGCUUUGAAGUUGAAACUAGUCAGGGUGGCUUGUCCUGCGUGUCCCUGUGUGGGUGUCACUGGUGCCACCAGUGGGUUGUCCCUUGGGGUGCCCAGAGCUGUGGCCAUGGGGCAGGGCGGCAGAGCUGGGCUGCCUCCUGUCCCACCACAGCCUCAGGAGCAAGGGAUGGGUGGGAGUGGGUGUUAAAUUAAAAACGGUGAAUAACGAGGACAUCGUCACACAUGUGUGCUGCAGGUCCUCACGUUCAUCCCUCCCAUGCGUGCUGAGCAGUUCUGCUGGCAUGCCAGAGGGUGGGCUCUGGACCCAUUGGAUGGAUUACUUCUCAAAUUACUAUUUUUUUCCUCCCUUUAAAGAAAUCAGCCUCACUCCCUUUGUAGUUUUUAAGGUAAACUAUUUUUCAACUGUUUGAUGUCUAAGCAAUAUUAUUCACGGCCAAAACUUAACCUCUGCCUUGAGGCUGAUGUGGCAGCGUGUAGGGUGGGUUUGCACCGUGCUGUAUACAAUGUGUAGGGCAGGUUUGUGCCAUGCUGUACACGGUGCAUGGGGUGGGUUUGUGCUGUGCUGCAGCUCCUGCCCUGCCAGGCGAUGCUGGGUGCGCUGCCUGCGGUGCUGGGCUGGCAGCACGAGGCAGGGGUGCUUUUAAGUGUGUUUUAAGUGUUUUCAGCCCUACCCAGAGCCCCCACACUUGGUGUGAGUUGCUGUGGUUGGUGCUCCAGGGAGGCUUGACCCUGCACAAGGGCAUUUUGGGGGGGUGCUUUUCAGCCAUUCAGCCCCUCCAGCUCCUGCCAGCUCACUGGUGUUUGUGGUGGGCACCCUCCUUCCAGCUGUGGUGGCAAAAUCAGCUGUGUUUACAGGGGCAGAAUUACUACAGGUGGCCUUUAACGCACCCCCGUGGGGGGACCCCUUUGGCCAGACUGCCAGGAGCCCAGCCGAAGCCCUCAGGAGACUGGAACUACCAGAGCCUGAAAAGCAGGACAUAACACUGUGAGGUGGACAUGGAAAGAGCGACUGUCCCUGGGUGAUGAAUUUCUUUAGCUGGGAGCCAAUGGACUUGACACUUGACUCUUGCUUUUUAAUAGUAUUUUCAGCACAAUACAUGGAAUGUAAGCAAAGGAAAUUCCCAUAGCGCUGAAUCUCACGUUGCAGCGUCAGGAAGCUGUUUGUGCCAAGCUGGCAUGACUCAACAAGAGCUGAAAGGAAUCAAAUAGUUCAGCAUAUGUGCAAAAUUUGGCUAGGGCUGAACGUUGGAAAUACUCUCGUGUGGCAGGAUUAUUUUAUUUUUUUUUACAAGCGAUUGUUUUUGACACCACUCUUGUCUGGAAGUCUGAUUUGCAGAGGAAUUUAUAUGAUAAUUUUAAAUCCAGCCCUGUUGUGGAAAGCUCUUAAGCAUAGACUUAAACUAAGCACAUGUUUAAAUCCUGUUAAAGUGGUCAUUAAAACAAACAAAUAGUACAUCCUUGGGUGCUUUUCUCAAUCAGGGUUCUUUUAAGAAUUGUACCUUGAAUAUAUUUUUACAGAAGCAGGCAAUACUGAAGAAAACUUGGUUUUAAUGAUCUGGGCACACUUCCUAGAAAAGUCUGCAAGUGGUAGGGGGAAAUGCCCCAUUUGUUUUGGAUUACUUAAUAAUGCAGACUCUGGUGCUUUUCUUAUUAAAAAAAAAUAUAAAAAUUGAAUAAAUUUCUGUAGCCAUAGCUUACCUGGGGCAAUACACGGUGUGUUUUAUGGUGGAUGUUACUUUUCUUUAAGGUUACAAAUAGGUUAUUUAUAUUUUUGUAAAUUCUGUGUAAUUACCAUUGUAAUUUUGAAGUAGUUGUUCCUGUUGUUUUCUGGGGUGAUGUUUGUAUUCAAAUAAAGCAGAAGCCGAGGCUCCUGCCCUUUUUGUUAAACAAGGGGUGUGUGCGUGCCCCACAUUCCUCCCAGACCCGGUGCUCUCAAAUGCUGUGUGUUUGUGGUUAAAUAAAUUUUGGAGCUGGAGGUGGUGA